AUAUAAAAUGUAUUGUAUCUGCACUUAAAAGAGACACUUGUUGAAUGUAGCAGAGUCUGAACACAGCGGACAACAGACAAAAUGUAACAACUGAAAAGGGAACAUCUGUAGACAAUAAUCGAUUAUGGUCUGUCACUGCAUUGAUGCAGAAUCGUCCAGGUGCGCAGCGCCAUGCAUCGAUGCCGCGAUUCAGUUGGACACCCCUAGUUACAAAAUAUACGUUUCAGUGACACGCGGGACAAGAACAGGGACACCAACCCCGGUCUCUUGGGUGAAAGUCCUGUUGUUUUAAAGUCGGUCUCUACACAGUAUUGAUCAGGAGAUAUUAAACAUGAUAUAAAGUAUGCACUGUCCUGUCAUGGGCGAGGGUUUUCUUUCUGCUCAGGUUGAAAUAACGGCUUCCACCUGGCGUUCGGAUGUGACCGAGUUGGUUACGACAGUUAUGGAAAUUCACACAACUCCUACCCCUGCGACUCCACCUAUAACCGCCCCUGCAGCUGAAACCAGGGCUACCUUUGCUGAGGUUUUAACCGAGAUGGUGACGACUCCUGCCCCUAGCCCUGCCCCUGUGACUCUAUCUCCAGGAGCUGAAGCCUGGACUCCUCUUCCUCUUGUGACAGAGGCAGUGACUAAGGGCAUCGACCAGGACGAUGGAGCUUUUGCACCCCUAAUCGGAGGGAUCGUCUGCAUCGCGCUCCUGCUGGUUAUCUGCAUCAUACUGGUGUUGCUGUGGCAUUUGUCCAGACAUAAAGGCUCGUACAUCACCAACGAGAUGGACGACGAGGAUAUGGACGACGAGGAGUCCGUCGGCUCUGAUACGGCGCUCCAAAGCAGGGGACCUCUGGAGACCAAAGAGGACGUAUAAAGACAAAAACAGAAA